AUGUAUCACAGGUUGCUUGCUGUCAACGCAUGGCCCGGUCCCAGAUUGAUGGAGUACAACGGAAAUCCACUUCUCCACGAGAUACUUGCAGUAUUGGGUCUCUUAGAGACCUCGAACGCGGAAGAAGCCCGACCCAUGGAUCAACAACUCGGACCUGAAGUGCGUCAGUACGACUCGCUGAGUAUGGAUGGAUCAAUCGUCGAAGUACCAGAACAGGAGUCGCAGAUACGCAGAACAUCCACAUCCAAGCCCUCCCAUGACGCUCUCGACACUCGGAAUCAAUCCAAUCAUUUUCUUCCUCUGUUGCCAUUGCCAGAAAAAGUCUACUGGAAUGUAGGAGUGUCUAAACUUUUGUCAAGGAUAGGGACCAGUGCACAUCCUCUGACCGCACCACAACGGACAGAUCCCGUACCAUGCCUCAUCAAUGAAUUUCAGACACCGAGCGCCAUCAGCCAGCAGCAAGCACAACGUUUUCCGGUCGAAUCUGUUCACCAACAGACAUUCAUGGUUGGUGAGAGUUCGCGAAGCGCCACACAUCAUUCCCAGAGCUCUGAAGCUAUGAACUGGGAUCCUCUCGAUGAACCCACAUCAAGGUGGCAUGUUGAAUCGGACAUACCAGGAGAGCAGCGAGAUCAAAUGACUAUGGAGGCUCCAGGAAGCCUAGAUGGACCAUGCGAAUUGGACGGCCUGUGGCAAUCUUCUAAGAACAGAACCAUUCCACAAGCCACACCUCCUGAGGACGAAAAGGUUGACAAAGAGCUUCCGACGCACUUCUUCAAGAUUGGUUGGUGA